AUUUAAUGUAAAUUCGGUUCGGUUAAGAUUGGCUCGGUUUAUUCGUACUCAAACCAUUAAAACAAAAACAAAAAUAACUCAAAACCACCUUCUUCCCUUUGCUCUGUUUCACUCACUCCCACUUUACUUGAAAGAGACUUUUAUAGUUUUUUUUGUGUCCAUCAACAACUCAACAAUGAACGAAGAGAUGAGCGGAGAGUCGCCGGAGAAUAACAAACACGUAAAGAAACCGACGCUGCCGGAAAAGAUCGAUUACGUGUUCAAGGUGGUGGUCAUUGGAGAUUCUGCCGUCGGGAAAACGCAGCUCCUCUCACGUUUCACACAGAACGAGUUCUGUUAUGACUCCAAAUCGACCAUUGGUGUCGAGUUUCAGACAAGGACCGUCACUCUUCAUGGCAAACUCGUUAAAGCUCAGAUCUGGGACACCGCCGGUCAAGAAAGAUACAGAGCAGUGACGAGCGCGUAUUACAGAGGCGCGUUAGGUGCGAUGGUGGUUUACGACAUUACCAAACGUGUCUCAUUCGACCACGUGGCUCGUUGGGUUGAGGAACUACGUGCUCACGCCGACGAUUCCGCCGUCAUCAUGCUCGUCGGAAACAAGGCCGAUCUCUCCCCCGAUAAACGUGACGUUCCCACGGAGGACGCUGUCGAGUUCGCCGAGACCCAACGGCUUUAUUUCUCGGAAGUCUCGGCACUAAGCGGCGGAAACGUCGACGACGCUUUUUUCCGUUUGCUGGAGGAGAUCUUCAGCCGCGUUGUUGUAUCUAGAAAAGGACUAGAAUCUGACGGUGCAGCCACCGUGAAGCUUGACGGUUCGAGGAUUGAUGUGAUCUCUGGCUCGGAUCUUGAAGUCAGCAAGAUCAAGGAACAAGCUUCGUGCUCUUGUUGAAAUUUUGAGUGAUGGGCCAUAAAUCAAAAAAAUAUAAAGCCAAUUAUUGGGCUUUCUGUAAUUAAGCCCAUAUAUGAUCAUUUGGGCUUUUCAUAUUUUACAGGUCAAGAGCUCUCUCUACCGUCAUGUGUCUAGCUCAUUCAUUCGUAAUCACCCUGUCGUCUUUGACAUUCUCUCAUGUACAAAUUCAGAUUCUUUUGUACUGUCAAACUCCAAGAGGUCUAUUCAAUCAAAAAUGCAGAA